AGCACAAAGUCUUUUGCCACGUAAUUACCAGAGCCUUUCAGCUCCAUCUUCUCUCCCAGGGGUCUAAAUUUUUCAUUUACAAUCCACUCCAUUGCAUGCCAGUGAGCGCGCCGUUUGAAGUGCCAGAACGCGCGCGGGCGCGUGUGCGUGAGUGAGCAGAGAGCACGGCGUGGAGCAGAGGAGAGAGCCAACAGCUUCGGGAAGGCGGUGGAGUGUCCUGCCUCCUCUCGAUGCUUUACACACAUGCAUCUGAAAGGCAUCAGCAUUUCUGGAUCGGUGCUCAGUCAACAGCUUUGGAGCCCGGGAAGUUUUUCCCCCUCUAUUGAACCAACAAUACUUUGCAGAAACAGAUUAUAUGGCUACGAGGGAAAUGAUUCCUCAGACUUCGUCUUAAUAGUUCUAUUAAAUUCCACAAAGUUUUAGACCAGGUUGAAGUAUUGUUCCACCUGGAUAAGUAGUUAUCACAGUCAGCAAAGGCAACGAACACAUCGAUUUGGAGGCGUUGUUUCUUAUGAGUUUGUCUUCAAAUAUACGCAAGGAGGACCUGUUUGGUUAACCUAAUACACCGUUUUUUUCUCUUGCAUCGUAUUUGCGUCAUGACUUCUAGUUAUGCACAUGUAAUGGACAGACAAGCAUCCAUAUCCAGCAGACUGGAGAGUCCCAUCACAGCCAACCUGGAAAACCUGCAAGCCAAGAAGAACUUCUCGGUGAGCCACCUGUUGGAUUUAGAGGAGGCUAGAGAAAUGGUCGGUUCUCAGGCGGACGCCAGUGUUGGUGAAACGGGCAGGACUAUGCUUGAAUCGCCGGGUUUAACCAGCGGCAGUGAUACAACACAACAGGAGAAUGAGCAGCUGAACUCAGAAGAAAAGAAGAAGCGGAAACAACGGAGGAAUAGAACCACAUUCAACAGCAGCCAGCUGCAAGCGCUGGAGCGAGUGUUUGAGCGGACACACUACCCAGAUGCCUUUGUUAGAGAAGACCUGGCACGCAGGGUCAAUCUCACAGAGGCUAGAGUUCAGGUGUGGUUCCAAAACAGACGGGCAAAGUUUCGGCGCAACGAGCGGGCAAUGCUGGCCAGUAAGAACGCUUCACUUCUCAAAUCGUACUCAGGCGAUGUAACAGCUGUGGAGCAGCCUAUCGUCCCCCGUCCCGCACCCCGUCCAAACGACUACCUGUCCUGGGGAAGCGCUGCCCCGUACAGCUGGUACCCAAGGCCGGAGGGAGGGCCAAUGCGAGUGCCACAGAAAAUGCUGCCCACAGAAACACCAUGGCAACCUACCCACCCUCUUGUGCCAACACCACUUCCACACAGGGAAUGAAUAUGGCCAACAGCAUUGCUAACCUGAGACUGAAGGCCAAAGAGUACAGCCUCAAUCAGGUGCCCACUGUCAACUAAGCCUGAAACGAGGGACGAGAUGAGGGGACAAAGAGAAGCAAGAGAUGUUGAGAAGACUGAAGAGCUGGAUUACGGUAGUUUAGCCUUCGGCAGUGUCAGAGCAGAGUGGAUGUGACUUUUCGCCCCCUCCUAAAACAAUGGAAUUGCAUUGGUGUCCCUCUCAUAUGGCUUUUUUCUUCAUCACAGAUGAAGGUAGGUUUUUGAGAAACGUAAUCUCAUUUUGUUCUGAUCCGAAGAUUGUAAAGAAGGCGCAAGGUCUGCUCUUUGGAGAACAAAUCAACGAGCAGGGCUCCGCUAAAUCCAUAAGAAGCGGCAGACAGAGUGUCUGGAUGUUAUAAGCUGUUCCUUGUUCUUUUUUGGCUUUAUUUUGGGUCAACCGGACGGAAAGUAAAGACACUUUCAUGGCAAACAUUGGAGGACUGUUGUUCACCAUUCACCACUGAAUGGUUUAAAUUACACAAGAAGUUUAUUGCUGAGAUUUGGCAAAAUAGUGACCCAAAAUGUCUCCAUGUCUACAUCUAAUAGAAUUAAGACACAUUUGUGGACUUUAAUCAGUAAAAAUUAGAUGUUUAAAACUAUCAAUGCUGGUGAGAACAUUGGGGUCGGAUUACAUCUUUUAAUGUGUUGAAUAUUACACCACUGUUUAAGGUAAAUACUGUGCUCCAUGGUGACUGAUGUAUCUGCUCACAGUGCAUUAACACAACUAUGUUUCUGUUUUUUUUUAACAAUUAUAUUUUCCUUCUUAUAUUUGGAGACAGUGGCGGCUCCAGACAAUUU